ACAUUGGGGAGGGGGGACUGAUAUGAGAUUUUCAUUGUCUUAAAAGGAAAAGAAAGACAGAAGAAUAGGCUGGCGACACUUGGCGGCUCCGCCGUGCCCUGAGGCCGCGAGGAAGAAGGAGGCGGGAGCCCCCCGACACCAACAUUUACCAACUACUGCUCUCUUGCUGCUGCAACAAGCAGCCUUCAGCCGGCAGCCCCCCAGCAGCAUAUUUAGCACUCACAGCAAGAAAUCCUCCCCAGGAAAAAUUUCUUCUUUUUAUUUUUGGGAUAUAAAAAGGGAGGAGAAACAUUAUCGUUAUCGCCUGAGGAAAAGCAGCUGACCGACCCUUCAGGGCUUUGGGAUGUUCGGCUGUGUUUUGACCGGUCUGGGGACGUUAGGAUUUAGAUCGAAGAGAAAAUUGCGGGUUCGGUUCAGAUUUCACAACAUGGGAAGCAACCUCAACUUCAAGAACUUCGGGAAUGAGCCCCCUUCAGCGAGUAACAACAGGCCACCAGGAAAUGCCCCCUUAACCAGACAAGGAUCCAUCUACUCUCUGACCUUUGACGAGUUCCAGAACAGCAUUGGAGGGAUGGGGAAGGACUUUGGAUCCAUGAACAUGGAUGAGCUCCUAAAGAGUAUUUAUAGUGCUGAGGAGAACAAUAUUACAAUGGUCUCGACUAAUGGUGGAGGUGGGCAAGAUGGGACUGCCGGGCCAGGUGGUUAUUUGCAGCGUCAGGGCUCGUUAACUUUGCCUCGGACUCUUAGCCAAAAGACUGUAGAUGAGGUUUGGAAAGACGUUUCCAAGGAGCUUAGCAUAGGGAAGGAUUCCAUGGGAGCGACGGGAGGUUCAGCUAUGCCACAAAGACAGCAGACUUUGGGGGAAAUCACUCUUGAAGAGUUUCUUGUUAGAGCGGGGGUUGUAAGAGAAGAGGCCCAAUUGGCUGCAAAGUCAAAUAUGGGAGCAAGUUUUUUUGGGGACUUAGCACGAGCUGCAAAUAAUCCUGGGUUGGGAAUUGGGUUUCAGCAGCAGGUUCGGGGACCAACGAACUUGAUGGGUAUCAGGAACUCGGAGAACGUAAAUCCGAUCCAAAUCCAGUCCUCUUCAAACUUGCCUUUGAAUGUUAACGGGGUCCGAUCAAACCACCACCAGCAGCAGCAGCAACAGAUCCUACCGAAGCAGUCUGCCGUUCCAUUUGCUCAUCAGGUGCCACCAUCAAGUGGCAGUCAGCUUGGGAGCCCUGGGAUUCGGACUGGGCUUGUCGGGCUAGCUGAUCAGGUAAUGAACAAUAACUUGGUUCAAGGUGCUGCAGCUUUUCAGGGUGGAGGAAUGGGAAUGGUUGGGUUAGGGGCUGGACCCGGGCCUGUUGGGGUUGGAGGCGGUUCCCCUGCUAAUCCAGUCUCAUCGGAUGGAAUGGGAAGGAGCAAUGGCGAUACUUCCUCUGUGUCACCUGUUCCUUACAUGUUUAAUGGCAGUAUGAGGGGUAGAAAGAGCGGCGGUGCUCUAGAGAAAGUUGUCGAGAGGAGGCAGAGGAGGAUGAUUAAGAAUCGGGAAUCAGCUGCAAGGUCACGGGCUCGUAAACAGGCUUAUACGAUGGAAUUGGAAGCGGAGGUCGCAAAACUGAAGGAGGAGAAUGAAGAACUGCGGAAGAAACAGGCUGAAAUCAUGGAGAUACAGAAAAAUCAGGUACUGGAGAUGAUGAACAUGCAAGGGGGAGUCAAGAAGCGCUGCUUGAGAAGAACACAGACGGGUCCCUGGUGAUGGAGACGAGGUCGAUAAUUUUGUGGGAGUGUAUGUGGUUGCAGAAUCGCGAUGUAGUUGAUAUAAACUUAGGUGUUGUACAUACACUUAGGGCAGUGAAUAUAUCUUCUGUUGUAGAUCCCAGAAGAAGAAAUUUCAGAUCUAUAAUUUUAUUGUCAUAAGUAACAAAGAGAAUACCUUCCAGGGUUGUGUCUUGUUCUUUUUCCCAUAUGUAUGCCCUCUAGGUUGCAUUCCAUUUUGUCUCGGAUGAUUAAUACUUGAAAUAGGUUUGUAAAAUCACCUUGCCUUUGAUUUUCCUUA